GGCCGGUCCCCGGAGGCCUGCGGGCGCCGCGGGCGAGCGCCUUCCCAGCCCUCAGCGCUGCGUGCCGGGAUUCUCGACCGAGCCCGCAGGCAGGCCGCGCGCCCAGUCGGAGGCCGCGCUGCAUCUGGGCUUCCAGUUCGCAGCGGAUGUGGGGCUCGGAGCGGCCGUACUCCGGGAAGGCACGGAAACCGCAAUCUGCGGGGAGGGAGGAGGGCCAGGGCCGGAGAGGAAGGGGGCCGCGCGAGCGGGGGCUUCCCGGAGGGCUGGUUCGGGCCCAGCUUCGCCCUGAGCCCGGACUGUGUCAGUGCUGGGCCCCGCGGGGCUCGGCCACGCACCUGCCGGGCUCCCACCCCCCGGAGAGUGAGGGCAGCCUGGCCGCGGGCCCCCGCCUGCCCGCCCCGCACCGCCGGCCGUCCUGGGACAGUGCAGGGCGGGUGAGGAAGUGCACACCCGCCGGCCGCGCGCCCUUGCCGCACUUUGGCCCGGCCUGGCCCGGAGCCUGCUUUCUCAUCUCUGAGCUCCAGAGCUGUGUCCCAUCUUGGCUCUAAAACCUGUUUUCUCAGCCGAGAGCCACCCAGGUGGAACGUCGUGGCUAUGGGCCUCAGGGUUUCCUCUGCCUUUGGGGAGGAUGAGGAAACCUCCAGGCCCCACCGCGGCCAGCCGUGUGCCAUGCCAGCUGUCAGCAGUGUGACCAUAGCUGCAGGCCUCCUGGGCCAGCCCCACCCCCUGGGGGUAGGAGGGCACGGGUGGGUGGAAAGGCCACCUGGAAGGCGCCUCUGCCCCGCCCUGACUGGCCCACCGGAGAGCAAGUGGAGGUGUGGCGCCUGGCACAGAGUUUGGGUUUCUGGCUUUGACAGAUCCACAAUCAGAGAAGCCAGGAGUGAGGGUAGCCUGCUCUUGCAGGCCAGGCAGGCCAGGCAGGCCAGGCAGGGCCAGAGCAGAAGCAGGCUGCUGAGCGGCGAGAGGCAGGACCCAGGCCCAAGAGUCCACCGCCCACUGGUAAACACAGGCUGCUUGGGACCGGGGGAGAGCGGCGUCCCUGGGAGGGGAGGCCAGGGUAGGGACCAGGCUGUGCCCAGGGAGAUGCAGGGCAGCACGGCCCAUCUGCCUGUCCAGCUGUGAUGGCCCAGCGCGGCUCAGAGCUCAGCUUACUCAAAGAGCAGGAGCCCUGCCCUCCUUUUCCUGUCAGCGGUCAACCACAGGUGUGCUCUGGAUGGAGCCAGUGGCCCAGGCGGCCCCUCAUGUCCACUACGCAGGGGGCUCACAGCUAGGCAGAAGGACACACCCAUCCCGCCCCCCUCAGCAGCUGCCGAGGGGGAGGCUCCCGGCACUUUGGUGCUGCGCAACCCCUGCCAUCUGGGUGCCGGGCAGUGAGCACUGGGGGUGGCCGGCUCUUCCUCCAGGGCCAGGUUUCCAGGGUGACCUGGCCCCACAGCCCAGGCAAGCCUCACAGAUCUGGUAACCGGAAACUGCCUCGCCCCCAGCUCCGCGUGGCCUGGGGCAUUAGCCCCAGCGAGGUGGGGUAGGGAGGUCGGGGCACAAGCUGUUCCCAUGGGGGCCGUCCACUUGGCUCUGCCUCCCCAGGGCCCCUCCUGCCUGGGGACUUAGCACUUAGACCUCUGCCCAGGUUAGGGCCUGGUCGUGACCUUCAUGUACCAUGUGAGGAGGGGGCUGCGUGCCGCCGGGGUCAAGGGACCAAGAGCUGCCUGUGUGGGAGGGAGUUCUGGAAACCCCUGGACACAGACGUGAGCUGCUGUCUCACAGGCCGCAUCUGCUUUAAUUAGGCCCGGAAGACAACAGGAUUCCAGGCAGAGGCAACAGCCCGUGCAGGUGCACAGACACUGCCCUAGGGAGAGGAGUGUUCCGCCAUGGUGCACGAGGGCCACUAACGGGCCUGGCACGCAGGAGGGAUGUUUGUCCUCCUGCCAGCCCAGUGCAGCCAGGUGCCUGGCUCCCCCGGGAGCCCUCCCACCUGUUUGGGCCCAGCUGUUCUGAGGCCAGCCCCCAGGGGUGGCAGAGAGGCCCUCCAUGACGGACAGGCAAGGCGGGGCAGGCAGAGCCGGGCACGCUGGCGCACUCCUGUCAUCCCACCACUCCAGGGGCUGAAGCAGGAGGGUUGAGGCAAGUUGAGAGCUGCAGGCCAUCGCGACCAUCACAGCAAGACCCUGUCAGAACAAAUAAGUGAAAGGCCCGAGCCUGACCCAGGUCUCCGGAGAACCCCUGACUGGUUGAGCCAUCUCUGGGCUAGAUUUUCAACUCAGUCUGCUUAUCUGAGCAAGGGGGUGGGCGAGGCGGGGGCUGCAAGAGCCACCUGCAGGGGCCUGGUGACGCUGACCGGUGUGGCCCUGACCAUGGGGGAUGGGUGGGCACUGGGGACACUGUCACGGACUGCAGCCGGCUCAGUGGGACCGGGAGGAGAGGGAGGGUGGGCAGAGCAGCCCUGGAAGAGAGGUCCAGCUCUCCUGCUCUGGCUGGACCCACAAAGCACCAGGAGCCAGGAGAAACGACUGUUUGGGGGUGCCAGGGCAGGUUGGGGGUGGGAGCGCCCCGCCUGGGACUGGAAGUGAUCCCGCGGCCACCUCCAAGGACAAAAUAGCAGGCUAGGAGGAAAGUGCAGAGGGCUGACCCCCUGUGGGGCUGUUCC